AUGACACAGAUUGAAUUUGUAUUUUCAGUCACCACUAACAAGACACUUCUGGGUGGAGGAGGAGUGGAUGGUGCCAUUCAUCGUGGGGCUGGUCCUCUGUUGAGGAAGGAAUGUGCCACUCUGAACGGCUGUGAAAUGGGGGAGGCCAAGAUCACCGGAGCCUACGGUCUGCCUGCAAAAUAUGUUAUUCACACUGUGGGGCCGAUAGUCCAUGAUUCAGUGGGGGACAGAGAGGAACAAGCUCUGAGAAACUGUUAUUAUAACUGUCUGCACACAGCAACUAAGAAUCACCUGCGGACUGUGGCUUUUCCCUGCAUCUCUACUGGAGUGUAUGGAUAUCCACCUGAUCAAGCAGUCGAAGUUGCCCUGAGAACAGUGAGAGAAUACCUGGAGCAAAAUCACGAGAAGCUGGACCGGGUCAUCUUCUGUGUGUUUCUGAAGUCUGACAAAGAGCUCUACGAAACAAUGUUGCCUGCAUACUUCCCACGAGGUUCACCACCAAAGAGCAAAUUAUGAGAGGAUGGCAUAGUUGCUGUGGAAACGCCACACAAACUGCUUUUCCGUCACAUCACUGUCUCGCUUUUACCUGAUGCAGCCCCUACAAACAUCAACAGCUGUCUGACACCACCU